UGCAAAGAGGAAGUGUCUCAGGAAUUAACUAAGUGAGAAGCCAAAUGUGUUUCUGAAGACCAGUUGGAGAACACAGUGAAGCUUUAUGCAGCUAUGAAGAACAGAAAGCAGGAGACCCUUCAAUUUUUUACAGGCUGUGUCUUUUCCUUUGUUUUGACCUCAUCAGCAUGGCUUACAGGUCAGAUAAGGUUGGCAGGGCGAGGAUCAACUCGGUGCUCUGGAAGGGUUGAAGUUUUCUAUAGAUAUGCCUGGGGAACGGUCUGUGAUGAUGACUGGGACAUGGCUGAUGCUAAAGUGGUUUGUAAACAGCUGGGCUGUGGUCCAGCACUCAGUGUAGUUCCUGCUUCUCAAUUUGGUUAUGGAGAUGGAAAAAUCUGGCUUGAUGAUGUUCGGUGCUCAGGAGUUGAAAGUUCUCUGACCAGCUGUGGACACAGAGGUUAUGGGGUCCACAACUGUGGUCAUGGAGAGGAUGCUGGUGUGAUCUGUUCAGAUUCUGUUAUCAGAUUGACUGGAUCAACUUUCUGCUCUGGAAGAGUUGAGAUCAACCACAACGGCCAAUGGGGAACAGUGUGUGAUAACGGCUGGGAUCUAUCUGAUGCUCAGGUGGUCUGCAGACAGUUGUCCUGUGGUUCAGCAUUAAACGCCACUUCAUCAGCUGCUUUUGGUGAAGGAACUGGUCAAAUCUGGCUUGAAAAAAUGAACUGUACAGGAAGUGAAAGCUUUCUAACCAACUGUCAGCAUCCAGGGUUUGGGACACACAAGUGUAACCACAGUGAGGAUGCUGGUGUGGUCUGCUCCGGUCCGGUCAGGUUGGCUGGUGCUGGAUCAACUCAGUGCUCUGGAAGGGUUGAAGUUUUAUAUAGAGAUACCUGGGGAACGGUCUGUGAUGACAGCUGGGAGACAGCUGAUGCCGAUGUGGUUUGUAGACAGCUGGGCUGUGGUACAGCACUCAAUGCAACGAGUAAUGCAUACUUUGGUCAAGGAUAUGGACCAAUCUGGCUUGAUGACGUUCAGUGCUUAGGAAAUGAAAGCUCUCUAACCAACUGUGGACACAGAGGUCAAGGGCAACAUGACUGUGGUCAUGGUGAGGAUGCUGGUGUGAUCUGUUCAGAUUCUGUUAUCAGAUUGACUGGAUCAACUUCCUGCUCUGGAAGAGUUGAGAUCAACCACAACGGCCAAUGGGGAACAGUCUGUGACAACGGCUGGGAUCUAUCUGAUGCUCAGGUGGUCUGCAGACAGUUGUCCUGUGGUUCAGCAUUAAGUACCACUUUAUCAGCUGCUUUUGGUCCAGGAACUGGUCAAAUCUGGCUUGACCAUGUCAACUGUACAGGAAGUGAAAGCGCUCUAACCAACUGUCAGCAUCCAGGCUUUGGGACACACAAGUGUAACCACAAUGAGGACGCUGGUGUGGUCUGCUCAGUGAAUUUUCCACAGCCCAAGAUCUCUAUUAGCCCUGCUGCUCUGGUCACCUGGGGUCAGCAAGUCAGCAUCACUUGUUCUACUGCAGCUGCACCUUUAAGUGGAACAUUUAUCCUCCAAUGGACUUCAGGAUCAUUCAGAAUGACUCAGUCAUCAGAUUCCAACUCUGCUACCUUCAACAUCUCUAAAGUGAGCAGCGAUCAUCAUGGAGAACUUCAGUGUCGGUAUGAGCCAAGGAUGUCAAACCAAUCAUUCCUCAGUAACUCUGUUAAUCUUAGAGUGAACCUUCCAAAGCCCAGCAUCUCUAUAAGCUCUGCUGCUGAGGUCAUCUGGGGUCAACAACUGAGCAUCACUUGUUCUGUUGAUUCUGCACCUUUAAAAGGAACAUUUAUCCUCCGACAGACUUCAGGAUCAUUUAGAAUGACUCAGCCAUCAGCUUCCAACUUUACUACCUUCAACAUCUCUAAAGUGACUCUGGAUCAUGAUGGAGAAUUCAGGUGUCAGUAUGAGAAAAGGACGCCAAACCAAACAUUGACCUCUGACCUCAGUGACCUUGUUCGUCUUUCUGUGAACCUUCCCAAGCCUCGCAUCUCUAUCAGCCCUGCUGCUGAGGUCAACUGGGGUCAACCAGUCUCCAUCAAUUGUUCUAUUGCAUUUACACAAUUUCAUUUUGGAACAUUUACUCUCCAAAAGACUUUAGGCUCAUUCAUAAUGACUCAGUCAACAAUUUCCAGCCUUUCUACCUUCAGCAUCAGAACUGUGACCCUGGAACAUGAUGGAGAAUUCCUGUGUUCUUAUCGGUCAAGGCAAAGAUUCUACUCUAUCCGCAGUGACUCUGUUCGUCUUACUGUGAAUCUGGAGAGGCCCAUCAUUUCCCUGACAUCCCCAGAUGGAGGGUUGGUCUGGGGUUCAGGAGGAGCAGAGGUUGCCAAGGGUUACGGCUUCUCCUUCACUUGCUCCAUUAACCCCAGAUAUCCUCAGGGAUAUUUCUCUCUCAUCUUCUCCGGCUCCAACAUCACAGAAACAAGGCCAGCAGUCAGAAACUCAGCCUCCUUUCACUUCCCAGCAGCUGAAUUUGAACACCAGGGUACCUACAGCUGUGUGUAUGAGGUUACUGAGGGUAGACAGACGUUCACUUCUGCUCAGACAAAACCCAUUAGUCUGGCUCUUAAAUCCUCUUCACUGCUGCUGGCUUCCUCAGUCUCCAGUGGAAUCCUGCUGCUGGUCCUGCUGGUGUCUCUGGCAGUCUAUCUGGGCUACAGGAGGAAUCUUUGCUCUAAACGGCUCAGACCGUCUGAACAAAACCAAAUGUCUUUCCAGCACUUAAUCACACAAGACCACGAGAAUGAUCAUGAUGACUUUAAACAAUAUUGAUAUCAACCAAACCCUAAUCUAAGAUGCUUCAGUGGUGUAGAGGAUAAAUGAGAGGCAGAACAAAAAUCUGAAGAAGAAGAAGAAGAUGAAAGGACGGAGGAUGAAGACGAUGACUGUGAAAGUUGAUAUGAAAUAUAAGAGCUAUUUAGUUAAAAAAUUUUUUGCCAAUUUAAGAUUGGUUACAUGUUUGAUCUGCAGUGAAGUACAUUAUGGCAUGAUUACUUAUGUAUUUGCAGAGAAGGCCUGAAUGGCCUAAACACAAUCAGAAUCGCUAACAUAUAUCUACAAGCUUUUACACAAAAUUGCUUGAUUAAACUUUAGUAAUUCACA